ACGCUGCACCACCGGGCUCAGAGCACCUGGUAUAGACCUCCUAUGUUGGCACCAGUAUAAAGGACCGCACUGCUCUGGACAGGGCAGUAGUGCUUCAUACAUUCACGAUGAAUACCUCAGUCCUGGUAAGUCUGAUGCUAGUGGUUCUGCUGGUGGAGACAUCCAUGCAGGAGGCUCUCCCAGAAGCACCUAGAGCGGGGAAGGCUUACCAAGGAGGAGGUCCAGGUUUUGGCGGAAGUCCAGGUUUUGGCGGAGGUCAAGGUUUUGGAGGUAGCCAAGGAGGAUUUGGAGGUCAAGGAGGAUUUGGAGGUCAAGGAGGAAACUCCAGGUACGGAUUCAACAUCGUGGACGCUCCAGACAGAUACGGAUAUGAGGCCAACUAUCCUGGGGGCCGCGCCAGCUUCUUCCUCCUAGGGCCCAACAGAGGACCUGGUCAACAAGGCGGUCGAGGUGGUUACAACCAAGGGAGCCAGAGAGGUUACCAGCAAGGUGGCAGGGGAGGCUGGUAGUUUUUGAAACUACUUGUAACAUUACUUCAAUAAUGUAAAAAUUAUAUCUGGUCAUUAACAGCUCUAAACUGUUGCUAAAUUGAUAAUCCAAGUACUGCAAGAGAUACAUGUACGUAAAAUCCUGACAUGUAUGAAAAGAAAGUUACUUGAAUCCUCGAAAUUAUAUGUCAUAAUUAUUGUACAAAAUGAAUAAAAACUUUAAAAAGUA